AUUUGCUUGUACUCGUAGUCAAGAAGUUGACCUAUAUUUGUUCUGGGACUGCUCACAAAUUUCCUGAACAAUCGCAUUGCUAUUUAGACCGAUCCAGAUUAAUCCAAUUUGUUUUUAAUGGUUCUGUUGAUAUAUCUAGCCUUGAUAAUAACAGUUCAUCCUUACAACAUCGACAUCCUCGACCCUCUUUCUCUAACUGGAAAAUCUCCCGGAGAAUAUUUCGGUUACUCCACCGCUGUCCAGAGGUCUGGAGCCUCCAGAUGGGUGCUGGUCGGAGCCCCCACAGCUAACAUCACACUUAAAGACGGCACUGUCGGAGCAAGCUGGGGCUCAGUGUAUAAUUGCAGUAGUGGUGAGGGUGAUAGUGGUUAUCAGUGCAAGGAGGUGAUAGUGGACAACAUUCCGGAAGUUAAGGAUGAGGUGAAAGAGGGGCAGUGGACUGGUGUCACCCUCUCUGUCGAUCCUACCACUUCUGUUGCUGUAACCUGUGCACACAGGUACACAAAAAGAGGAAUAAUGAAAACAGAUAACGAGGUAGGGAUGAGAGGUAGAUGUUGGAUCAUUAAACCUGACGGAAAAACUAAACUUUUACCUGAUCUCUGUGUCAGUAUUUACAUGGCUGUUGAUUCAGACAGAUGCAGCGCGGGGAUAUCUUCUUCAUACGAUAACAAUGAGUUUUUCGCUGUCGGUGGAGUGGGAUACCAGAAUUGGAAGGGAAGGACUAUGUUCUACGACUCAAAAAUUGGGGCUAAUGCCCUGCAAAGCGUAUCUAUAGACGGGAAAUUUUCUCGGACCUACGACUACUUUGGUUACUCCUCGGCUUCGUGCUAUGAUAAACAAGAUAAAUUUACGUAUCUCUUUGUCAGUGCUCCUCGAUCCAAAAAUAUACGGGGUAAAGUUGACUACAUCAAGUAUUAUGGUUCUGUUUAUAACGGAGUGAUCCCGUCCCAAUUUGCCAUGGGUCAUCAGAUUGGAUCAUACUUUGGUGCUUCUGUAACUUGUGGAUACACAAAACUUUCUACUCUUCAGGUGAUAAUCGGAGCACCGUCCCACUCGGACACCACCAUAUCUGGCGACUACGACCGGGGGAAGAUCUACGUCUAUCAAGUUAACAAAUAUGCUCCCGGUAAACCUUCCUUUCCUCGAGCUCAGUUAACUGGCUUUAAAUCAGGGAGUAGAUUUGGAGCUGUUGUCUCAGUGCUCGGUGACAUCAACAAGGAUGGGCUAGACGACCUAGCAGUGGGUGCACCAUCAGACCUCUCCCCUGACGCUGGCAGGGUUUACAUCUAUCUGGGUGCUAAAAAAGGCUUUACAACCUUCAGUAAACCUGUUCAGAUCAUAUCACCUCUCCCUGUAGCCAAGGCUCCACUGUUUGGUUUCGGAAGCAGUGUGAGUGGUGGGAGUGAUAUUGAUGAUAAUGGGUAUCCAGAUAUGGUAGUAGGUGCUUUUCCUUCCGAUAAAGCUUUUAUCUACAGAACAGCGCCCAUCAUCAAUAUCGACAUAAAACAGACAUUUCCAAACAUGUCUGCCAACCUGAUCGACAAGAACGACCCAUGCCCCAAUGAGAAUGUGACUGUUGCUUGUUUUAAUCUGCAUUUCUGUGUUAAGUAUCUACCAGAACCGGGACAGAAGGUUGAUGCAUCCAGAGGAUUCAGUAUUAGGGUUACAAAUAGUUUGGACACAGAAAAUGAUAUUUACACCAAGAGAGUUCGAUUUUCGGAAGAAAAAACCUAUGUGGUCCAUGAGAACUUCACGGACUAUAUGUACGGGAGUGAGAAGGAAAUGUGCAGUCACCAGAAGAUAUUCCUCGAGGAAGAGAUAACGAACAUUGCACAGCUGAUAAGCAUCAAGACAGAGGCUACUGUCCUCCCUUCCCUAAAAUUCGAGAAUAGAUUGGCUCUGAACGUUUCUCGGUAUCCCUACGCUAUAUCACAGGUUAAGAUUAAAACAGCAUGUGCUAACGCUACUUGUGAAACUGACCUUAGACUGGCAUCCCCUGGAGUUAUCCUUGACAAGGCUGAGGUCGGAACUAGAGCUGGAGUUCUCUACCCGGGAUUCAACGAACUUAUUUGGUCCAACUACAGUAUCACAAGAAACAUAUCCCUGGGCAAACCCUUCGGUUCUCACAUUCUCAUCACCAUGCCUGCUUCAAUGUACAUUAAGAAUGUGAGAGGAGCAGACGGUACGAAGCUGUCGAUAUGUACCCCCUUCUCUGUGAGGGAGGGGAACUAUUACUGUGGCUUGGAUGAGCGGAUGGAUACCAAUGAGACACAGUUCAACUUUUCUGUGGAAUACUCAGUUACUGGAGUUAAGGCUGAGGGUGCAAAAGAAGUGAUUAUUCGAACAGAACUGGUGACAGAGGGCAGUGAAGACAAACACCCUGACAACAAUGUCAUGACACAGAAUAUAACCCUCAGACGGCUAGCACGGUUAGAACUUCAGGGAACAUCCUCCCGGUACAAAGUUCCAUUCGAGAUAAGAGAUAAAGAAACGAAGGUAAACUUUGUUAGUGAUAUCAGUAAAAGUGGAGCUCUGGAAACGCAAUUCUUUCCUAUAAACUACGGACCGGGUGAGCUGCAUGAUCUUGAGUUGAUAAUUGAAGUUCCCUUCGCUCUCAACUCUACUCAAAAUGAGGAUUUUAUCUAUCCUUAUAAAGUUGAUUCCAGUACCGACAUCGUUUGCGAAGUGGACCUCCUGAAUGUCCACAAUGUACCCACCGCUAGUAAGACAAAAAGGACCAAACGUUCAUCCCGAUUACCUCGACCAUCUACACUGGGAGAAAUACAGGACUCCUUACUAGCUGACCCUCGACCUGAUGAAGACACUGUUCAGCGUGUGUCCUAUGAGUGCGGGCGUGAUGUGCACUGCAUUAACAUAAGCUGCACCAUAGCUAAACUAACUAAGGACAUUGUGGGGAUCAGGCUAACUUCCUACGUUUGGGAGCUCACAUUUCAGGAACCUAUUCGGAUCAACGCAUCCGUCCGGGCGUGGGUCGCAAACAAGGACUCUGGAGCAGAUCUGACGUCUAACAGCUUAACCGGGCCCGUUCUUAUUCCUCUUCAGGUGAUAGCAGUUGCUGAUUUGGUUAGACCAGUGAGUAUCUGGAUCAUUGUGGGCUCCAUCACAGGUGGCCUGUGUUUCCUCUCCCUCAUCGUCAUCAUCCUCUACAAGGUGGGCUUCUUUAACCGGAACAGACCUCCCGCUGAAUUUUACGGUCAAGAAAAUCCCGGAGUAACCAUCGAAGUUACGGACGAUUCCCAUGAUCUGGCUGUUGAGCCGUACAUUCAGGAUAGUGAGGACGACGAGGCUCAGUUUGCAUUUAGAAACCCUCUCUGCGAUGAGCUUAACAUGUGACCUCAUUUGUAUUACGCGACUGCAGGAGCUAAUUUUGGAUUUUCUGUCAAAGAUCUGUCCAAAAGGUGUGGUGAUGGUGUAUAUUAUAUAAUUGUCAGACUUUGUCACGUUUUUUAAAUACAGACCCCGUGCAUUUUUAGGGAGUUUUCAUACUUGUGAUUCGUUUUCAGUUGUCUUAAACACGUGUCUAGAAGAAACAGACGGGACUUAUAUAAGAUGGCCAAUGUUUUAAUUGAAUACGCCCUUUUCUGAUAUGUAAAACUAAUCAAACACUUUGUUAUUAGGUUUAAAACACAAUUUGAAUAGAUCAUAUAAUAUCACGAUGUUAGUGAUUUAAGAAAAUCGUUUACAAAUACUAAUUGUACUAAAUUAUUAGAAUUGUGGGAGGUGAAGGGGGUAGGGAAGGUUAAAAUAUCGCUAAAUACAUCGCAAGAUUGAGUUGAAUUGAUCGAAGUCGAGAAUUAUUGAAGGGAAGAUUUCAGCUUUGAAUUUUGGAAUUAUUAUUUUGAAUGAGCU